GGGCGGUAGCGCGGGAAAGGCGCCGCCAGGCCCCGCCCCCUUCUGCCCCAGCCGCUUUGGCGCGAACCUUCAUUUCCCGCCACCCGUCCCGCAGUCAGCAUGGCUCCGCAGCGCCCGCAGCGUCGUUGCUCUGGAAGGAGAACCUUCACCAUGUUCCGAAAUAACAAGCUGAUUCCCAUGGAGACAUCCUCAUCCUCUGACGACAGUUGCGACAGUUUUGGUUCUGACAACUUUGCUAACACGAAACGCAAGCUGAGGUCAAGUGUUAGAGAAGAACUGGCCAGAAUCUUCCACGAAUCCUCUGAUGAUGAAUCCUUCUGUGGCUUUUCAGAAAAGAAAAUUGAAGGUGCUUUGAAACUGGAAUCUGAUUCAGAGGAGAGCAAUGUCAGCGCUGGCAGAGAGGUACCUCUGAGACUGAGGAAAUGCACUGUUCCUCUCAAAGUAGCCAUGAAGUUUCCACCUCGAAGAUCAGGAAGGAGGAAGGCUGAGGUGGAAUCUCUUCCUGAAAAUGUGAUGCCUGCUCCAGAUUCAGACUCAGAUUCUGAAGAAAAGGGCUCCCUGUUUCUAGAAAAAAGAGCUUUAAAUAUCAAGGAAAACAAAGCGAUGCUUGCAAAACUAAUGGCUGAGUUGCAAAAUGUUUCUGGUAUCUUCAGUGGGAGAAGAUCACUUCCAACUGCCAGUAACGCGCCAAAGCGACUUCCAAGACGCUCACUUCCCAGAAGCGCGUUGAGGAGGAACCCUGACCGAAGUUCUCGGCCUCACACGAGAUCCAGGUCCCUGAUUGAAGGCCCUCCUACUCCUUUACCAGAAGAGGAAGAUGAUGACCGGUACCUCCUAGUGAGAAGGAGAAAGAUGUCUGAUGAAGACCUGGAGCAUGAUGCCCAAACUCCCAGGAGGGGUCACCGUGGUGCCAUGGCUCUUCCACACAUUGUGCGACCAGUUGAGGAGAUAACAGAGGAAGAGCUGAAUAACAUCUGUGGAUCUGCGAGAGAGAAAGUGUACAACAGAACCAUGGGAUCUACCUGUCAUCAGUGUCGCCAAAAAACCAUAGACACCAAGACCAAUUGUCGUAACCCUGAUUGCAUAGGGGUACGGGGCCAGUUCUGUGGGCCGUGCCUCCGCAAUAGGUAUGGGGAAGAUGUCAGAACAGCGUUGCUGGAUCCGUCCUGGAGGUGCCCACCAUGUCGUGGAAUCUGCAACUGUAGCUUCUGCAGACAGCGAGAUGGCAGAUGUGCUACGGGUGUCCUGGUCUAUCUGGCCAAGUACCACGGUUAUGACAAUGUCCAUGCCUACUUGAAAGGUCUGAAACAAGAACUCGGAGUGGAAGACUGAAGCUGUGACCGCCUUUGACUUGCGUACUCUUUCACCAGUGCCAUAUUAUUGCCUACAGUGAAUUGUUUAAUCAAAUGAGACUACAAAGCCAGUGCCUUGGUUCCCUCCCCUUUUGGGUUUUUAAAAAAAAAAAAAGCAUAUUGCUGUGCAAAUCGUACUUUAAGAAACUGUUUAAUAGAGAUCUUUGCCUGCAGGCCUUUGGUUUCUUUUUAAGCAACUUUUGUAAAACAAAAAAUGAGAUAGCAUCAGUCCCUGCUUUUAUGCCAACAACUUUUUUUAUCUUGAAAGGAGAUGGGGCUUUAAGCCAUUGGAGUUCUAUUCAUGCAUUGAUCUGUACUGCAGGUUUAUUUGUUCUUUGAAGUUGAUGACAAAAAGAUAUGAAUGUUCUGAACGUUUAGGGCAUUGUUCCCCACAGAACCAAGUGGGGAAAGGUGUGUGCUUAACUCCUGGCCAACUUCUGCUGCAAUAGACUCUUCCUGAACAUAAUUGAUCAAACAGAAACUAACAAUCCUCAAAAACAGCAAUUCACUCGUAAGUUCAAAAAGGAAGGCCUAAAGGUUGCAGUUGAGCAGUCUUCAAGCAUUAACAUUCGGGUUUAUAGAGCACUUGAAGUGCACAUUGGCCAUUUUGAAGGAGAUUCUCUACUGAAUGAUUUAAAUUGCAGCAGAAGCAAUUAGGGGUAGGCUCUUGUGUUCUGUGUUUUCUCAGAUGGGAGGAGGCCACUGCUGGAAGCUCCUACUGCACCAGCGCUGCUGUUGUGUAGUGGUGACUGAUCUGAGAAUGUGGGUAUGCCUCAUGGAGUGACCUGUUAAAUUACUGAUGUUUUUUGGGUUCUCUUCUUGGUUCUCUUUUCUGUUGCUGCCAACUGCAGUAAUGCUUCUCUGCUGAAUCGGCCUGGGGCUUAACGAAGUAGAGGAGUAGUUGAUGUAGCCAUUGGCCAACAGCAAGUGGGUGAAGGAUGGUGACUUGUUGAAUGCUAUCAGGAGAAGGGUCAGUGACAAACGGUCACUCAAUUUUCUUUUACCUAUGAGCAAAAAUAAAAAGCAAAGGCUUUCUAAGCUGCAGUCCAGCUUAAAAUGAAUUAUUCUUCGGCUUGCGUAGAACAGCACAAACAUGGAUAAUGUUCUCAAGAGACGUGCCCUGACUGUGGUAACAGAGGAGGAACAAUUGAUGAAAAGGCUUUUAAAACUGAAUAAAAAAGGAGAUGUGAUGGGUUGCACGCAGUUUGUGAGCACUUAAAAUGUGGCUGGUGCUGUGGUCUCCUCUUUAACAAUCCAUCUAUAUUUCUAUUUAUUUUUGGCUCAGCAUGACUGUAGAAGAGUAUUUUGUAUGAUGAUGUUAAUGGAGCACAUGUACAGCAAGAACUGAGCUGAAGGAUACCUAGUAUUGUGUGAAUAGCAUCUUCUCACUGCUGUAGAAUUGAAGGCGCCAUGAAAACUGCCUGGAGAACCACAGCGUAAGCAUGCGUUUAGUUGGGUAAUGGAAACUACUGUCCAAGUUUUGUUUAAGAUUUAGAAUGCUCUGUUAUACAUAAUGUACAGUUGAACAGUAGGAAGAGUCAGCUUGGAUUUAUUGAGCACUAGAACAAAACGCAGCUUCUGACCUCUCUGCUUGUUUGCAAUCUGUAUAUAAUGAUCCACAUUUUAUACCUUUCUGGGAAUUAGAACUGUGUGGGAGAAGGAGGAUCUUGGAAACAGAAUAUAUUUGUCUCAGACUUGCAGAUCUGGUUCAUAAAUAACCUUGUGCUAUUGAGAGCCUCCCAUCCCCUGCUUCCAUAGUGUAACUAGCUGUGCAAUCUUAGGUGGAGUGUGGCCUAUUCUCCAGGUUCAUCUCUUGAAGAAGGAACUCCAGAAGUACAUGUUCUGACAGAUAAGAGUGAUUUUUCUAAUUGCUGUGCUUGCCUUCUGAUUGCUGGAGUGUGGAAGAACUGUGCUAAAAGUAAAUCCUUGCUCUGUAUCCUGGAAACUGCUGUAUUUAGAUUUCUUCCCAUCGACAAAGUUCUGUAUGAAGGUUUUUAUUUUAAAAAUAAAAGUUUUUCUCGGUUAGAA